AUGGGUUCAAAUACCACCAUUCCACCACCCCGCAUACGGGCUGCGCUAUUUGAUAUGGAUGGCCUCCUAAUUGACUCGGAAGACAUCUACACCAUAGUCACAAACACGAUUCUCGAGCGCUACGGUCGGCCUCACAUCCCCUGGUCCAUAAAAUCACAACUUCAAGGUCGUCCAGGCCCGCAAGCCUCGAAAAUCUUCCACGAUUGGGCCAAACUGCCCAUCUCCAACGAGCAACUCAUGGUCGAGCAACGGGAACUUCAGAAGGAGCUUUUCAAGACGACAAAACCUCUGCCAGGUGUCAUUGAUCUACUGGAUGGCUUGAAGAGCAGGGGCAUACAUAUGGCGCUAGCGACAAGCAGCCACAAGUUGAAUUACGAACUCAAGACGUCGCAUUUGGAUCAUUUGUUUGACCAGUUUGCGCCUGAACAUCGCGUUCUGGGUGAUGAUCCAAGAGUACCGCAUGGCCUGGGGAAACCCGCUCCAUACAUCUACCUUGUUGCACUUGACACGCUUAACAAGACCAUGGAGGAACAAGGCCAACCACCCAUUAAGCCCGAAGAAUGCCUAGUCUUUGAGGACAGCGUACCUGGAGUGGAGUCUGGCCGGAGAGCAGGAAUGCAGGUGGUGUGGUGUCCGCACCCGGAGUUGCUCAUAGAGUACCAGGGCAGAGAGAAGGAGGUGCUUGCAGGAUUGACGGGCGAGCAUAAAGAGACUGAGGAAGAAAAGGCAAAGAAAGCCCAGGAUAUGGCAGAAGGAAAGAGACAGACUGGUAUGCCGGGAUCAAUCGACGAUGGAUGGGCAAAGUUGUUCUCCACUCUGGAAAACUUUCCGUACGACGAUUAUCAAAUGGCAAUCAAAGCAUGAAAGUCUGCAAAGGGCACAUGUGGUGUUGAAUGAAAGACAAAUACCCCAUCAGAUAUACAG